UUUGUUUACUCGUCAACCCGACCAUACAAAUCUUCCUUCACUUAUUACAAUCUCCCUGGAUUUUUCACACUCAGCUCGUGUAAAUCCACCAAGAACAUAUUCAUAAUCCUGUACGAAGAGUGAGGAAAAAAAAAAAAACCAAUCUUUUAGCCUAAAAAUAGCACCCAAGAAAUAAAGAAGGGAAAUUAAAAGCCACCGAAAACAGAAAAGAGAAGGGGCAAAAGGGAAUGGGUAAUUCAUUUGGAUGUUCCGCUUCAGGGGAGAGAUUGGUAUCAGCUGCAAGAGAUGGAGAUUUUGUGGAGGCGAAGAUGUUAUUGGACUGCAACCCGUGUCUUUCAAAGUACUCAACUUUUGGUGGUUUGAACUCACCCCUUCAUUUUGCUGCUGCCAAAGGACACAAUGAGAUUGUGGCAUUGCUGCUGGAGAAUGGGGCUGAUGUAAAUUCAAGAAAUUAUUGUGGGCAGACAGCAUUGAUGCAAGCGUGUCGAUAUGGGCACUGGGAAGUGGUUCAGACUCUUCUUCUUUUCAGAUGCAAUGUUAUUAGAGCAGAUUAUCUCAGUGGGAGGACUGCUCUUCAUUUUGCUGCCGUAAAUGGUCAUGUGAGAUGUAUCAGAUUAGUGGUUGCCGAUUUUGUGCCUAGUGCCUCAUAUGAAUCUCUUAAUCCUCAAAUAGUAGUUGAAACAAGUGAUGGUUCCAACAAUCGUAUCAAGCAUGAAGAGAGUGCUCUCUCCAAAUUUGUAAACAAGGCUGCUGAUGGGGGUAUUACUGCUCUUCAUAUGGCUGCUUUGAACGGAUACUUUGACUGUGUGCAGCUUCUACUUGACCUUCAUGCAAAUGUAUCAGCUGUCACAUUCCAUUACGGUACCUCAAUGGAUUUGAUAGGGGCUGGAAGCACACCAUUGCAUUAUGCAGCUUGUGGAGGAAAUUUAAAAUGCUGCCAGAUCCUUCUUGCAAGAGGUGCUAGUCGUUUAUCAUUAAACUGCAACGGAUGGCUUCCACUCGAUGUUGCAAGAACGUGGGGCCGUCAUUGGCUUGAGCCCCUUUUGGACCCUAAUUCCGAUUUGCCAACACCUAUAUUCCCACCUUCUAAUUAUUUAUCAUUGCCGCUAAUGAGCAUUCUAAAUAUUGCAAGAGACUGUGGGUUGCAGUUCUCGGCUAGUGCUUCUGAUGAUGCUGAUAUUUGUGCUGUUUGCUUGGAGAGAGCUUGUACAGUUGCUUCCGAAGGUUGCGCGCACGAACUAUGCGUGAGAUGUGCUCUCUACCUCUGCUCGACCAGCAACAUCCCUCUCGAAUCGAACAUACCGCCCGGCACAAUCCCUUGCCCUCUCUGCCGCCACGGAAUCCUGUCUUUUACCCGACUGGCGGUGGGCCCCACCGAAAAGGAGAUCAAAAUUACGAUAUCGCCCCUCGGCUUGUGCACGCCUUGCAUGCUCCACAACAGAGAGCGUGACCCGUCUGAGUCGACCCGCCCGCCCGACUCGAGAAAAGGGAGACGGGCAGAUUCGGAUUCUAUCUCGUCCGACAUCUUUUGCCCCGUCACUUGCAGCCCAUUUCCAUCUGUGGCUAUGAUCCCUCUCUGCACGUGCAAAAACGGGCCCUGCCCAAAUUUUGAUGUUGGGCCUGGGGAGGCGUGUUUGGAUGGGUCAAGGCCCGUUGUGCCAGGCGAGAGGGAAAAUAUGGAGGGGAUAAGAUUGGAGAAAACGACUUGUUCGAGUAUGUUUUGGGGGAGGAGAAGCUGCAGCAGGGAACACCAGUGCAAUGCUGAGAUUAACGCGUAAAGGUUAAAUCUUUUUCCUCUUUUAUUGACUUUAAUAUUAAUAUAAAUCAUGGGUGGAUAUCGAUUUUUGAGCUAGUUUGAGAUGUGUAAGCGUGCUUGUGAUCGUUGGAUAUCGAUUUCUUCAGCCGAUCCAAUGUGUUAGCAGCUUGUUGACAACUUAU